AUGAGUGGCGAGGAGAGCGGAGGAGAAUUCAGAGUUAAGAACUCGUUGGAGAAUUUGGUACAUAUUGCUAGCAAUAUGUCGCGUGAAAUUUGUAAUACAAAUGAUCAAGAAAAUGAGAUGCAUUCUUUGCAUGGUCAAGUGGCCGCCCCCUCUAGCAUUGACGAUCAUUCCUGCCUGCUGCCGAAUCGGUUCCUCGUGCAACCGAGAACAAAUGCAAAUACACCGAUAUCAUGCUCCAACUCAGUAUCGCCGCCACCCCUGACAACUACCUCCUCAGAAAAACCCACAAGGGUUAAGCGAAUGGCUUGUGUUGAAUGCCGACAGCAGAAGUCGAGAUGUGACUCACACGAAAAGUACCCUAAUGCCUGUACGAGGUGUUCAAAGAAAGGACUACAAUGCAAUUUGAAAUCGGACUAUAAAAGGACUUACAAAAGAGCGAGAAUCGCGCAAAUUGAGAAGGAGUUUUCGGAGUUGAAGAAGACAUUGAACAGCGCACAAACGGCAGAAAUAAUGGCAAAAUUCCCAUCUUUAUUAGACGAGAUGAACAAUAAUCAGGAACCUCAACCUCCAUCUCGACCGCACGAGCAUAAAGUGUCUUAUUGUGGAGUAGAGGAUCCCAACAUUGAUCGUGAUCGUGAUCGUGAUCGUGAUCGUUCUCAUCAUCAUACUAUUAAUGGCCGAAUACCAAAUUUGCCAAUCCAGAAUCCACAAAGUUUAUUUAAUCCAAAUGGGGCUUCUUUUUCGGAGCAAAGUGAACUGCAACACUCGCCUAUACCACCACCACGGCCUUUGAAAAGAAAGAAUGAUAAUGCCAACCUUUAUGAAUAUGAUGAAAAAAAGAUAUUGCAAGAUUUUCAAUUAACAAAGGCGGACCUUUAUUGCGAGGAAAAAUCAGUCGAUUCAAUUGUAAUAUCACCAGACAUGAUAAGAAAAUUAUACCUUGAGUACAUUACUCGAUAUCAUCCCAUAUUACCUGUGGUUGAUGUGACCAAAGGGCCGGAAAGAAUCUACCGACUAUGUCCUCCGUUGUUUUGGGUCAUUAUUUUUGUUUCAUUGAGAAGAUUUGACGCAGACUCGUCAAAAUCUUUAUUAGUACAGUUAUCUCCCCUUGUUAAGGGAAUUUUAGCCGAGAUCAUGAUCUCACCCAUUACGAGGUACAAUCCAUCAGAGGAAGAGGAGCCUAUAUACAAUGUAAGUUCAGUUUAUUCAGUACAGGCUUUUUUAUUGUACUCCUUCUGGCCUCCCGUCACCUCCUCCUUGAGUGCAGACUCUUCUUAUAAUACAGUUAGUACAGCUUUCUUCCAAGCAAUACGAAUUGGCUUGCAUGCCCCUUCUUCUUUUGUUGAUGAUACAAAUUUGGGAUUGGAAAAUUCCUCCUUAGGGAGAAACACAAGGCAAACAGCAAUGAUACAAGAACAAGUAAAAACCUGGAUCCUCUCCAAUGUGGCAUCUCAAUAUAUUGCCACUGCAUUUGGCUUCCCUGCAUGUGUUCAAUUUGACUCGUCUAUUUGGUUUUACAGUAAGACAGGAAGUGAGAUUGUUAUACCCGAGAGUGUAAAGCUCAUGUUGCAAAUAGCUCAGUUUGAAGAUCAAAUGGUCAAAUCUUUGAACUCCAACCCAACUGAUCCUUAUGGUUUAAUUGACGCUAAUGAAAAAGUUCCUCUUUUGAAGUUACUAACAAAGCGCAUAGAUGAGUUAGAGAUGAAAGUGAAAAGUUCCAACUUGGAAACUUCAUCAUCUAGAUUUCGAAUGUUUGAAGUGCUAGCGUCAAGGGUUCAUUUGUAUAGCUACUAUUUCAUGGACUCUUCUAAAAUUGCCGAAUUUGAGUUGAAAAGGGGUCUUGUCAAGUUGUAUAACGCUGCUAUACUGCUCGUGAGCUAUACGAAAAGUUGUCAAGGUAAAGACAAUAAAUUUGUCAAAUAUUUACCAGGAGUCUAUUUACUUAACAUCUGGCAAGCCGCAUGCAUUAUUGGAAAGUUAGUUCAUUCAGACUUGAAAACAACCAUUGAUGUCCAAACAGGAAGGACGAUUUUCGAGGACGUGGUUAGAUUGACCUUGAAAGCUUCAAUAAUGAAGCACGAUAUGGCUUUCAGAUCAAGUGGAAUCACCAAAAAUAUGUGGCCGCUUUUCCGAAAUUUGGAUAACCAAAAAAUGAACAUGCUCCGUAUUAGUGUUCGCAAUAGAAUGUCGGCAUCUAUCUUUUUUGACUGUUUGAAUUUGGUGCGAGCCCAAGUAGGCAUGUCAAAACUAAGUAGGAAAACAGACGAAAACGCAGUAGCAGAGGGAGUGGUGGAGAACGAAGGAGAUAUUGCUGCUGGCGAAGCACAUAGCCACUCGCAUUCUGAAGGUGAAGGUGAAGGUGAAGGUGAAGACGAUUCAGUGCCCGCACCUGUUGGAAUAGAAGCAACCAAGUCCGUACAUCCUUCCAGAGAAUCUGCGCCAGUAAAUUCAACUGGAUCGAAAAGUGUUCAAGAAAAAAGGUCACUUUCAAAUACUGCUACUAAUAAUGCCGAACUGCGUGCAAGACAGAUCAUUAGAACCAUACCUUUGGAUCCUGAACCGAUAUCGGCCGCAAAUUCAAAACGUAGCUCUAUUUUUAAAGUGGUUAAUUCUUCAGCAGACUCGUCUCCAUUGCCAAAAUCAAAUGCAAGUUCUCCUGGUGGGAAUAACAACAGCAACAAUAACCAUAACAAUAGCUAUCAUCAUCAUAAUCACAAUCAUAAUAAAUCCCAAUCCCACAAAAACAAUGUUAUUGGAGAUACCUCUAGAAAAACAACUUACGAGGCUUUGGAAAAUAAGAAUAAGAUUAGAGACCCAACCUUUCAGCCUAUACAAUCACAACUUUUAUACGAAUUGCCCCAACCAAACUCUAAUCCUGUACUUCAACGCAUUAAUAAAUUUGCAUAUAACACAUCUCGGAGUUCACAGCCAACACCACUACAACAUCCACUACAACAUCCACAACAACAACAACUACAACAUCCACAACCACUACAACAACAACUACAACAACAACUACAACAUCCACUACAGCAUCCACUACAACAUCCACAACAGCAAUUUCUGAACCCUUCAUUCAACGAAUCAUCGUCACAACUGGGAUACGAAAGUUUGGAUUUGGAAGGUUUUGAUAGCGAAAUGCUUUGGAGAGAUGUAGAUAGCGUGAUGAAUGAUUUCGGUUUCCAUCUUGGUUAA